AUGGAUAUUCACUGCAAAGCAGACCCCUUCACAGCGAUGCACCUAUCCCAUGUAGGGCAUGGGGGUGUGAACCAGCUAGGCGGGGUGUUUGUUAAUGGCAGACCCCUACCUGACGUGGUGAGGCAAAGAAUCGUGGAGCUCGCGCACCAAGGUGUCAGGCCCUGUGACAUCUCCAGACAACUACGGGUCAGCCAUGGCUGUGUCAGCAAAAUUCUCGGCAGAUAUUACGAGACCGGCAGUAUUAAACCUGGAGUUAUUGGGGGAUCCAAACCAAAAGUGGCGACUCCCAAAGUUGUGGAUAAAAUUGCAGAAUAUAAGCGUCAGAACCCUACCAUGUUCGCCUGGGAGAUCAGAGAUCGGCUUUUGGCUGAGGGCGUUUGUGACAACGACACUGUCCCAAGCGUGUCAUCUAUCAACAGGAUAAUUCGGACCAAAGUUCAGCAGGCUUUUCAUCCGUCACCAGACGGUACAGGAGCUUCCCUCACAACAGCAGGCCACACUAUAGUGCCCAGUACAACUUCUCCGCCAGUGUCAAGCGCCUCCAAUGACCCUGUGGGUUCCUACUCUAUCAACGGCAUCCUCGGAAUCCCACGUUCCAACGGCGAAAAGAGAAAACGUGAGGAUGUUCACUGGAGUGGCUACCGCUUGGAUGGGAGGAGUGUAGGAUAUUAUGCGUCCGACGGCUCCGGUCCAAACAGUGAUUCUCAGGGCAGCGUGGAGAGUUUACGGAAGCACCUAAGGGCCGACGCCUUCACUCAACAGCAGCUGGAGGCUUUGGACCGGGUCUUUGAGCGGCCGUCAUAUCCCGAUGUCUUCCCCACAUCAGAACACAUCAAACCAGAGCAGGCAAACGAGUACUCACUACCAGCACUGAACCCCGGACUGGACGAGGUCAAGCCAAGUCUAUCGACCAGUUCCAGCUCAGAACUGGGCUCCAGCGUAUCGCAGAGUUACCCCGUAGUGACAGGUCGAGACAUGGCAAGCACAACUUUACCAGGAUAUCCACCUCACGUCCCCCCCACUGGGCAGGGCACCUACCCCACCUCAACACUCGCUGGAAUGGUCCCCGGAAGUGAUUUUUCAGGAAAUCCUUACUCUCACCCACAAUACACAACCUAUAAUGAGGCUUGGAGGUUCAGCAAUCCAGCAUUACUAAGUUCCCCUUAUUAUUAUAGUGCCGCAUCCAGGGGCUCGGCCCCUCCCACUGCUGCCGCCGCCUAUGACCGCCACUAG